UUGCGUCCUCAACAUUAUAGUAGCCCUCGUUUCUCCUCUGCCAUUUUGAUGACAAAAACUCUCUCUCUCUAUCUUCCUCUAUCGGUAUUUACGGCUCCGCUUUGUUUUGAUCUUCAAAAGCUAAGCUAGGGUUUUUGCUUCCAAAUACUUGAAAAAGCCUUCACCGCUCCGUCCUCCAUCUCGAAUCUCUAGAUUCGAUUUUAGGGUUCACAGAUCUGUUCGCCGCCUGCCGUGUAGCUCGCCGUUUAUCUGAUUCGAAUAUGUUUUGGAAGCUUCCAGUUCUUUCCUCUUGUUCUCCAGUUGAAGCAGUAUUAGACAAGGAAAACUUCACUUUGGAAGAGCUGCUUGAUGAAGAAGAAAUCAUCCAAGAAUGCAAAGCUUUGAACAGUCGUCUCAUAAAUUUUUUGAGAGAGAGGACCCAGGUUGAGCAGUUGCUGCACUACAUUAUUGAAGAGCCUUCUGAGGUUGCUGAUAGCAAACGAACAUUUAAGUUCCCUUUCAUUGCCUGUGAGAUAUUUACCUGUGAAAUUGAUGUGAUCCUUAAGACUUUAGUGGAUGAUGAAGAGCUAAUGAAUUUGCUCUUUUCCUUUUUGGAACCAAGUCGUCCGCAUAGCGCCUUGCUGGCUGGGUAUUUUAGUAAGGUGGUGAUAUGCCUUAUGGUGCGGAAGACUGUUCCACUUAUGAAUUAUGUUCAGGCCCAUCAUGAUGUUUUUCAACAGAUGGUGGAUUUGAUUGGUAUAACAUCCAUAAUGGAGGUUUUGGUGCGACUUGUAGGAGCUGAUGAUCAUAUGUACCCCAAUACCAUGGAUGUAAUGCAAUGGUUGGCUGACAGCAGCUUAUUAGAAAUGAUAGUGGACAAAUUGAACCCCUCUAGUUCUCCCGAAGUUCAUGCUAAUGCAGCAGAAGCACUAUGUGCAAUAACCAGAAACACACCAUCCCCCCUGGCCACCAAACUAUCCAGUCCAAGUUUUGUAGCCAGGAUAUUUGGUCAUGCCCUCGAAGACUCACAUUUGAAGUCUUCCCUUGUCCAUUCGUUGUCUGUCUGUAUGUCUCUGCUUGAUCCUAAACGAUCAAUUCCAUCAACUAUGAUGUAUUCUUUCCGGAACCAGCAGGUUUAUGAGUCUCCCGUGCAUGCCAAUCCUGACACUAUUGAUGCAAUGCUUCCUAAACUUAGUGGCUUGCUUGAGCUGUUGAAUGUGUCAUCUGAUGAGAAGAUUCUGCCAACAACAUAUGGAGAACUCAGGCCACCUCUAGGAAAGCAUCGCUUAAAGAUUGUUGAAUUCAUUUCUGUGCUACUGAAAACUGGCAAUGAAGUUGCGGAGAAAGAAUUGAUUAGCUCCGGAACAAUUGAGAGGGUCCUGAAUCUCUUUUUUGAGUACCCUUAUAACAAUGCGUUGCAUCAUCAUGUUGAGAGUAUAAUUUACUCAUGCUUGGAAAGCAAGAACAUUGCAAUCGUCGACCAUCUUUUUGAAGAGUGCAAUUUGAUUGGGAAAAUUAUUCAAACAGAUAAACAGCCUACAGUUUCUGGUGAAGAAAAUCAGCCCACCUUACCAGCUACUGGGAGACGAGCACCCCGAUUAGGUAACAUAGGGCAUAUAACUAGGAUUUCUAACAAACUCGUUCAGUUGGCAAACAAUGAUAACUGCAUUCGAGCACAUCUCGAGAAGAAUAUGGAAUGGAGUGAUUGGCAUACUACUGUUUUACAGGAGCGUAAUACAAUAGAAAAUGUCUAUCGCUGGGCUUGUGGCCGACCAACUGCAUUGCACGACAGAACAAGGGAGAGCGAUGAGGAAGAUGUUCAUGACAGAGACUAUGAUGUAGCCGCUUUAGCAAAUAAUCUGAGUCAAGCAUUCCGCUACACCAUAUAUGAUAAUGAUGAUGCUGAAGAGGGGCGUGGAGCUCUUGAUCGAGAUGAUGAGGAUGUUUAUUUUGAUGAUGAGUCUGCUGAAGUUGUGAUAUCAUCCCUUAGGUUGGCAGAUGACCAGGGGAGCAGUUUGUUCACAAAUUCAAACUGGUUUGCUUUCCAAGAUGAUAGAAUUGGUGAUGCUUCAAUGAGUACCUCACCUACUGAUGUAAUGGAGGAUAUUAAUCUCAAUGGAAUGUCAAAUAGUAGUAACAGCAAUAGUGAUGAUGAAGUGGUAGUUGGAGAAGAGGAUGAAUUGGCUGAGAGCAAAAAUUCUAAUGCAACACCCAGUUCUAGUUCAAACAUGUUUAAUGGGCUAAGUGGAGCCAAUUCUGGUAAUAAUGGAGACUUCAAUCAACAGAAUGAGAAAGCAGUCGCCUCAGCUGACAUGACUCCGUUCCAUUUUGAGACGUCAGGCAGUGAUGACCCCUUUGGAGACAGGUCUCUACCCGAAUGGGUAGCAUGGGGAGAUGCCCCAAAUAUUCAAGUUGGUGGAUCCAGUGUGAACCCAUUUGAAGAUCAUAAUAAUUCUGCUGACCAUAUUGCUAACUCGGGGGAGAAAGCAACUCCACCACUUAGUUCCACUUCUAGUUGCAGUGGAGAAUGUAUUCCAAAUGGUGUUUCAUCCCCUGGUUCUAGCAAAAGUUCAUCUGGAUCUGAUUCUAGUCAGAAAGCAGCCACUGUUCCUUCGUUGUUUGAAGAGGAUGUUGAAUUUGUUGGCGUGGAAAUUGAGGGUACUGAGAAGGCUAUGGAACAUGCUCUUAAAGAGGGGAUUGUUGGCGAAGCCGCUCCACUAAAAAGGAGCACUGUUCCUAAAUCACCGGAAAAGGAAACCCCAGAUGAUGGUGGGGCAGGAACAAAAGAGUUCAACGAUGCAAACUACUGGAGAGUCGAUCAAGAAGUUGCUGUACUGGAAUGACUCUGGAGAUCUAUUCAUCGUGGUUUGAACCUUGAUCCAGAGCUGAUAGCCAGGAUCCCGAACUUUCCAGGAUCCCGAACAUUCGAUUGGUGAGUUUAUGCAGCAGAUGUGUACAGUGUACUUUGUUUAAAAUUGGGAUCAAACGAUAGGCUAAUAUAAGGUUGUCACCAAUUAAUUAUUGUUACGCUUAUUGAUAAUUAUUGUUCAGGUUUUGUUCUCACUGUAAAAUUUUGGUUUCAUCUCGUCUUAGCGUACGAUACCUUUCUGGAGUUGUAUGGAUUCUGGAGUAAUCUCAGUUCUCCAUCCCAUUAGGAGCAGGCGUAAAGGCUGCCUUGUUGAGACAAAUGACUUAUAAUCUCGUUUUUUCCUGCUUUGA